AUGAAGGCAAGGCAGAUAGCAAGGCACAGCAAGGCAAGGUACAAGGCCCAAGGCAAGGCCCAAGGCAAGGCACAAGGCAAGGCAAGCGAAAGCACAAGGCAAGGCAAUGCACAAGGAAGACAAGGCAAGGCAGAAGGACAAGGCACACACCAAGGCAAGGCACAAGGCAAGGAAAGGCAAGUAAGAAGAAAAGGCAAAUCAAUAAACAAGUCAAGUCAUGGAAAGGCAAGGCACAAGGCAAGGCAAACAAAAGGCAAGCGAAGGGAAGGCAAGGCACAAAGUAAGGCAAGUGAAGGCAAAAGGCAAGGCAAAGCACAAGGAAAUGGCAAGGCAAGUCACAAAGCAAGGCAAGGGAAGGCACACGGCAAUACACAAGGCAAGGCAGUGCAAGGCACAAGGCAAGGGAAGACAAGGCAAGGCACAAGGCAAGGCAAACCAAGUUACAAGCAAGGCACAAAGCAAGGGAAGGCAAGGCACAAGGCAAGGCAAGGCACCAGCAAGGCAAUCAAGGCACAAAGCAAGGCAAGGGAAGGCAAAUGGCAAGGCAAGGUGCAAGGCAAGUCAAGACAAGGCACAAGAGAAUGGCAAGGCAAAGGAAAAAGCAAGGCAGAAGGCAAGGCAAGGCAAGGCAAGGCAGAAGGCAAGGCAAGGCAAGCAAAAGGCAAGCCAAGGGAAUGCAAGACACAAGGCAAGUCAAGGCACCAGGCAAGGCAAGGCAAUGCAAAGCACAAAGCAAGGCAAAUGAAGGCAAAAGGCAAGGCACGGUGCAAGAGAAUGGCAAGACAAAGCAAAAAGUAA